AUGUAUUUUGACCCCAGCCGCAGGAAGCCGACACUCAAACUAACAUACAGAAGUCCUACACAGGAUGUUGGGAUCUUAGCGGUCUGCACGGGAGUGAUUUCUUCAUCCCGCUCCCGCCCACACCCGCAGCAUUUCAUACUGCACCCAACCACACCCGCAGCUUUUCAUACUGCACCCGCCCACACCCGCAGCUUUUCAUACUGCUCCCGCCCACACCCGCAGCAUUUCAUACAUCACCCGCCCACACCCGCAGCUUUUCAUACUGCUCCCGCCCACACCCGCAGCAUUUCAUACUGCACCCGCCCACACCCGCAGCUUUUCAUACUGCACCCUCCCACACCCGCUGCUUUUCAUACUGCGCCCGCCCACACCCCUAGCUUUUCAUACUGCACCCGCCCACACCCGCUGCUUUUCAUACUGCUCCCGCCCACACCCGCAGCUUUUCAUACUGCCCCCACCCACACCCGCUGCUUUUCAUACUGCCCCCACCCACACCCGCUGCUUUUCAUACUGCUCCCGCCCACACCCGCAGCUUUUCAUACUGCGCCCGCCCACACCCGCAGCUUUUUCAUACUGCCCCCGCCCACACCCGCAGCUUUUCAUACUGCCCCCACCCAGACCCGCUGCUUUUCAUACUGCCCCCACCCACACCCGCUGCUUUUCAUACUGCUCCCGCCCACACCCACAGCUUUUCAUACUGCGCCCGCCCACACCCGCAGCUUUUUCAUACUGCACCCGCCCACACCCGCAGCAUUUCAUACUGCACCCAACCAUACCCGCAGCUUUUCAUACUGCCCCCGCCCACACCCGCAGCUUUUCAUACUGCUCCCGCCCACACCCGCAGCUUUUCAUACUGCACCCGCCCACACCCGCAGCUUUUCAUACUGCCCCGCCCACACCCGCAGCUUUUCAUACUGCUCCCGCCCACACCCACAGCUUUUCAUACUGCACCCACCCACACCCGCUGCUUUUCAUACUGCUCCCGCCGACACCCGCAGCUUUUCAUACUGCGCCCGCCCACACCCGCAGCUUUUUCAUACUGCCCCCGCCAACACCCGCAGCUUUUUCAUACUGCCCCCGCCCACACCCGCAGCUUUUCAUACUGCACCCGCCCACACCCGCUGCUUUUCAUACUGCUCCCGCCCACACCCGCAGCUUUUCAUACUGCGCCCGCCCACACCCGCAGCCUUUCAUACUGCACCCGCCCACAUCCGCAGCUUUUCAUACUGCACCCGCCCACCCCCGCAGAUGUUCAUACUGCACCCGCCCACACCCGCAGAUUUUCAUACUGCACCCGCCCACACCCGCAGCUUUUCAUACUGCCCCCGCCCACACCCGCAGCUUUUUCAUACUGCCCCCGCCAACACCCGCAGCUUUUUCAUACUGCCCCCGCCCACACCCGCAGCUUUUCAUACUGCACCCGCCCACACCCGCUGCUUUUCAUACUGCUCCCGCCCACACCCGCAGCUUUUCAUACUGCGCCCGCCCACACCCGCAGCCUUUCAUACUGCACCCGCCCACAUCCGCAGCUUUUCAUACUGCACCCGCCCACCCCCGCAGAUGUUCAUACUGCACCCGCCCACACCCGCAGAUUUUCAUACUGCACCCGCCCACACCCGCAGCUUUUCAUACUGCCCCCGCCCACACCCGCAGCUUUUCAUACUGCUCCAGCCCAUACCCGCAGCUUUUCAUACUGCUCCCGCCCACACCCGCAGCUGUUCAAACUGCUCCCACCCACACCCGCAGCUUUUCAUACUGCUCCCGCCCACACCCGCAGCUUUUCAUACUGCUCCCGCCCACACCCGCAGCUUUUCAUACUGCUCCCGCCCACAUCCGCAGCUUUUCAUAGUGCACCCGCCCCACACCCACAGCUUUUCAUACUGCCCCCGCCCACACCCACAGCUUUUCAUACUGCACCCACCCCACACCCACAGCUUUUCAUACUGCACCCGCCCACACCCACAGCUUUUCAUACUGCACCCGCCCCACACCCGCUGGCUUUCUGGUGAGCCAGCAGCCGAAAUCGAGCGAACGUGA